CCGCCUACACAUUUCCAGCCCAGCCCAGUCCACCCUGUCUAGAGGGUCCACCACAGAGACCAGACUUCCGCUGCCUUCGUCCCCCGAGGCCUCGAGAUCUCUCGAUCCCGAUCCCCGAUCCCACCGCGCCAUGGCCGCCACCUCCCCGCUCCCGCCGCCGGCGACCAACGCCGCCGCGCCAGGCCUCCCCGAUCUCUCGAUCCCCUACGACCUGGCCGCCCGCGGGCAGUGGCAGGCGCUGCUCUCCCACCUCUCCCACCCGGCCCACGUCCCGCACCCGCACCACCGCCUCCUCCUCUCAGCGCUCUCCGCCCUCUCCCUCGCCAAGCUCCGCCGUUUCCCCGACGCCGCCGCGCUGCUCGCCUCCCUCCACCCGGACUCGGCCUGCCCGCCGCCGCCGUUCCUCAUCCGCCUCCUCCACGCGCUCCUCCCGCUCUUCCUCCCCGACCGCCCCCUCGCGCUCGACCGCCUCUACACCCUCCUCUCCUCCGUCCGCGCCCCGCACCCCGAGUGGCGCCGCCGCGCCGCCCUCGUCGCGUCCCUCCUCGCCGCCGACCACCUCGCCCACCGCGAGUUCGACGUCGCCCUCGCCCUCCUCGCCGACAUCGCCGCGCGCGAGCCGGGCGACCCGGUGCUCCUCUCCCGCCUCGCCUACGCGCACCUCCAGAUCGGCAACCUCUCCGCGGCCGCCGCCGCGUUCCGCCACGUGGAGUACGUGGCCGCCGCGGCCGAGGACCCCGCGCGGCACGCCAACCUCCUCGCCCGCAACCGCGCGCUGGAGUGCAUCGUGGCCAAGGACUACGCGGCGGCGGUGCGGGAGUACGAGCGCUGCAUCGAGGCGGACCCCGCGGACGCCGUGGCGCUCAACAACAAGGCGCUGUGCCUCAUGUACUCGCGGGACCUCGGCGACGCCAUCAAGGUGCUCGAGGGCGCGCUCGAGAGGGUGCCCACGGCGGCCCUCAACGAGACGGUGGUGGUUAACCUGUGCAGCAUGUACGAGCUCGCCUUCGUCAACCACGGCGAGGUCAAGAGGAGCCUCGCCGAGUGGAUCGCCAGGGUUGCUCCCGACGACUUCGACACCUCCUGCACGCGCAUGUAGGCAGGCACCAUGGUUACCAAGAGUAGGCCCAACACCAGGGCCAAGAUGGUGCGCGAGAUGGCCAAGGAGAAGCACCGGGCCCUGUGUUUGGUGGUGCGGCCAUCCCCUGAACGAGGCGGCGGAGACGCUGAAGCACACGCUGGAGGCUUGCAAGAGGACGCAGCCAAAGCAAAAUCUGGCAAGUGAAGCGAUGACGCCGGCCUUUGAUGCUUGGUUGUGGAUUUGGAUGCAUGGUUUCUUCUGGCCUGGAGUACUUUGCUGCAAUGUAGUACCGUCUGUCUAGGAUAUGUGUGCGCAUGCACGAGGUGUCGGUGCCUGCUAGUAUUUUUUCAUUGGAUUAGUAGUCCUGCAUCUCGUUAUGUGAUUCUGAAGAACUAUCCCCUGUCCAUUGGCGCACUGAACUCGUCAUCUCAUCUGCAAGGGAUCACCAUUAUCGCCAGCUGAUGAAAUAAUGUUGAGUUCUUGC